AUGGAUACUUGGCGCAGGGGGUCCAUCAAGUCCACCACCUUCUUCCGACGCUUCUCCCUCAGGAGGCACAAAAAGCUGGGCAACCAAGUCAUCAUCCUGAACCAGAACAGCCACACUCUGGACAAGGACGGCCAGAAGAGGGAAUGCUUGAGGGAUCUGAAGGACAAGUCCGAGUACCUGUCCUGUCAGAGCGAGCAGAACCUGGCCAAGGCACAAGCCCCUCCCAAGCCUCCCCGGCUGUACCUGGACAGUUCCAGCUGCCCCAACAUCAUCGACCACACAGAUUCCCACUCUGACCUCUCCUUUUCUGAUGCUGCUCCGUACCACAAAGCCACUCCGACGCAUAAGGACCAAGCUACAGACCUCGGCACAUCAGAGGCAGGUCUCCCAAACAGCACCACUCUUCCCGACCUGGCUGACCCCUUCCUGUCCUUCAAAGUGGAUUUGGGGCUAUCGCUCCUCGAGGAUGUGCUGCAGACCCUCAGGAAACAGAACCCGAGGGAUUACGCCAUUUGAAGGUACUCGUUGUCCAUCACAUCCCAGUUACUCACUGCUGCUGCCAGCUCCUCCGAUUCCAGCAGGAGGAAGGAUACUGGAGCACGCCUGUUGUGUGUGGCCUGUUUUGUUGUCCUCGCCUUGCCCACCACAGACCAUCCCUGUCCUUGCCAAGGAAUGCUCUGGAGCAGAGCUCACAGCCCUGUGCUCAGGUGAGAGCACUGUCUGCUGUCCCGUGGGCAACUUUCCGCUCUCCACCCUGGGAAUCUCCCACUCCGGACUGCGCGUCCCAUCCUCAGGGAAGACUGGCAUUUUUUGGGAAAGACUUAUUUUGGGGAUGUGACACUGUGGGGCAGGGAUUUGUCAUGGAUUGCUUGUGGAACAGCAGGCAGCCUGCAAGGAGGCAGCAGCACUGCACCCCGAAGCCAAAGCUUUGAGGGCUGAGAGACGGGAACUGGGGCCUCUCCUCCCACCAUGUUUGGAUGUGAAAGCUCAAAGCUGUUCCUCCGUUUUUUCUCUUCCUCCUUGUGGGUUUCUUUUCCCUUAACUCCAGUGCAGGUGGCACUCCCAGCCUGGAAACAGGUAAGCAUCCAAGUAGGCUCCUGCUACAGCACCAGCAGUGGAUUUAUCCUCCUGGCAGGAGAAGAGAGGUCUCUGACACUGCUGCCUCACGCAUGCACUGAGCUCCCAGCUGUACAGACAUAGAAGAAUAAAUGUAUCUGUGACUGGAA